AUGCGAAAACCUGUUUCUGACGCAAUGGGACUUCAGAUACCUGCCGUUUUAGUUCAACAUAAUAACAAGUUGAAGAAGAAGAAAUCAUUGAUAUUAAUGAUCGCUGAAGGAAAGAAAACAAAGUUGACCUUUAAAUACAGCGAAAGUCGUUCAAUGCAAAGUUAUUAUGAGAAUCAUUACAAAUAA